UUGAGUGAAUGUUAUCAUCCGAUAUUUUGAUAAAAACUUCUAAAAUUAUUUUUCUACAGUUCUGUGCCCUCCAAACCAUAUAAUGCUUAAUGGCCAGUGUUUGCCACUUGUAGGAGUCGGAGAACGAUGUAUGUAUGAUUUGCAGUGUAGGACUCGCCCCGGCGACCACCCUUUGAUUUGCAGGAAUUUUGCUUGUUAUUUUAUAGGGACAAAUGUUGGAGCUGGUUAUCCAUUUGUUUGGGACCCGAGAGGGGCUCAGCUAUCUUUUCCAAAGUGUCGGAAUCCAAGUGCAGAUGUGGAAGUGAGUGGAGGCAUCCCAAUAGACUGUGUCUACAAGAAAUGUUCCCCAGGCUAUCAUUGCGAGUAUAAUAAUCUUUAUAAGGGAGGACAGUAUAUUUGUUGUGGAAUAAGUCCAGAAAAUCCUAUUUAUGGUGAGUUUAGUAAAGAUAUAAUUAAUAAUAACCUUGGGAUAUAA